UGGUGAGAGAGAGCGAGAUAUAGAGAAAGUUUUAGAGAAGGCAAGUCAUAAUGGUAAAUUAUUGUGUUUGUGCUGGUUGCACAAAUUCCAGCCUGUCUGGAAAUCGUGUACAUCAUUUUCCUUCUAGGAAAAGCAAGGUCUUUCGUUUUUGGGUGCGUUUUGUGCAGGUGAAGAGAGCAGACUUCACUGCGGGGUCUGUCACCACACACUCUGUGGUUUGUGGCGCUCAUUUCACUCCGGAGAGUUAUAGACCUGGAGAUUUGUUGGAGUCUCGGAUGGGAUUUCGGAGUAAGGACCAUGUGAGGCUGAUUACCGAUGCUGUUCCCUCGGUGCACUCGAUGGAAUCAAGUCCACCACCAUCAAAGCUUUCACCUGAACCUGGCGCGGGCAGGACUGGAGGUCCAAGUGCUUCCAUGCACCGAAAAAGAGCUCUUAGCAGACACACUGGUAAACCAGAAAAAGAUUCAUUUCACCCUGCAGCAUCUGGCAGCGGUGUACCAACAGCCUCAGCAGAUGGAAGGGAGUAUGUCACCAAUCCAGUCAGUGGAAAUUACACCUUGAAUACAGACGGGGCAGAGGAAGCUGGUACCCCUGAAAUAAAGGAAUGCGCAGAGGAUUCACAGACCAUGGACGACACAGGGAAAGCAGUUGUCCUGCAGUCGUUGGGAGAAAUAGCCACUGCCGACGCUUUGCAGACCGAAAGAGAGAAAUUAAUUGCAGAUGCUUCACAGACUGAAAGAGGAACAGCCAAUGAAGAGGUUUCCCAGACAGAAAAAGAAAUAGAUUUUGCCAGUGCAUCACAGGCAGUAAGAGAAACUGUUUGUACAGAUGCACCUAGUGCAGAUUCUUUGCACAAGGAAUGCGAAAAAGACAGCUCAAAUCCUUCACAGACAGUGAGAGAAGCAAUUUGUAUGGAUGCACCCAGGUUAAAUCCUUUGCAUGUGGAAAAAGAAACAGCCAGUGUAGAUUGUAACACAGAAACAGCCAGUGACGAUGCUUUGCAGAUGGAAAGAGAAACAGCCACUGAAGAUGCUUUACUGACAGAAAGAGAAACAGAGACUACAAAUGUUUUACUGACUGAAAGAGAAACUGCCAGUACAAAUGCUUUGCCAGAGGAAACAACUUGUGGAGACUCUAAAAGAGAAACAGCCAGUACAGAUGCUUCGCAGACUGAAAGCAAAACAGUUGGUACAGAUGCUUUGCAGACUGAAAAUGAAACAGCCAGUGCAGAUAAUUUGCAGGCAGUACGAGAGACGGCCUGUGUCGAUGCUCCACAGACUGUAAGAGAUACCGAUUCACCCCAGGCUGUGAAAGAAACGCUCAAUACAAAUGCUUCACAGUCCAAUGGAGAUACAUUGAGCACAGAUAUACCACUCGACAUGGGAGUAGUGGACGCUGAUGAUGAGAUGGAGGUCAGUGCAAUUAAGGUGGAGGAUGAUCAGAUGCUAGAAGAAGACAAUGUAGAGGGGAUGCCUGUGAUAACUGCCAUGGCUGAGGGAAGCAACAUUGACUCUUUAAGCAGCAACUCCAUGGAUCACAGUAACGAUGUGGACAAAAUGGACAGUGGGACCGAUGCCUUGAUGGAAGUGGACAUAGAGGAGUCAAAGACCGGGAAAGUGGACAGCAGUGAUUUCAUGCCCUGUAUCAUGGAUGCUGUCUCGAUGACAGAAGAGACAGAGCAUCCUGCUGAGCAGGACAGCUUCCAGAAGCCCCGUGGCUCAUCUCCAGCUAUGGAGGCGGACCAGUCUGAGGAUGUCAAACCUAUUCGACCCAGUUCCACCUCCUCCACUGAAACUGUUCCCACACAGAACAGGAAAGGCAAGGACAGUCCUAUAGGGCUGAAGAAUGGCGUGGCAGGAAAGACAAACAAAGUUGUUGGUUCCGCCCAGCCGGAAGCUGAUCCUGCGGACAACAUCUCUAUGGUUAAGGUGAAGGAUGAGCCUGUAGACGAGGAAUAUGAUCAGGCCCUGGCUCCAGCUGUUGGAACAGAGGGGGUCAAGGACGAACCAGACACAACCGAGGAAUUGAAAAUCAGUAACGUCUUUUCGGUGGGCGGUGCUCCUACCCCGAUCGGCACAUCUGGGGCCACGCUCCCUAAGACCACACUGCCUUCCCUGGCUCCGGCCUCCUCCUCCAUCCCCCCGCUGAUCCCCAUGGCCAUGCGAGUGGCCUGUUCAGCCUGUAAGAAGGUGCUGCUGAAGGGCCAGACGGCCUAUCAGAGGAAGGGCUCCUCAGACCUUUUUUGUUCCACCACAUGCCUCACCUCCUACAGCCCCCCUCAGCCCGUUGUCAAGAUUGUAUCCUCCAGCACGGCCAAGAAAUCCUGCCACUACUGCCUCAAGGAGAUUGUAAACCCCAAAGAUGUCAUCACUGCUCCUGUUGACGCCAUGGGCACAGUUAAGGACUUCUGUGGCCAAACGUGCCUCUCCUCCUUCAACUUCAAGAGGAACUCCGCCGUCUCCACCCUCUCAUCCAGCUCCACGACAGGGGCUGUGAAGUGCAGCAUGUGCAAAAAGGCCUGCGUUAGUAAACAUGAGGUGAUCUUCCAUGGCAGCAUACACAGGCUCUGCAGCGAGUUGUGCUUCAUGCGCUUCCGCACCACCAACAAACUGACCAUGAACAGCUGCCAGACAUGCAACAAAUACUGCUACGGCAAGGUCUCCGUGCUGGUUGUGCAAGGGUCCAGUAAAACAUUCUGCAGUGCCGGCUGUGUAACCACCUACAAACAGAAAACCAAGAAGCCUGUGGCGUGCACUAUGUGCCGCAACGUCCGGUCGAUGGUGGAUAUGGUUGACAGCACCGACUCCGACGGCAAGCUGGAAAUGUUCUGCUCUACUGGCUGCAUCACGGCCCACAAAGUCCAGACGGUCAGCUCCUCAGGGGCUCAGGUAGUGUGCAACACCUGUGGUCAGAAGACCGUACCUUCCUUUCACCUGGCCAUGUCGGACGGAUCAAUCCGGAACUUCUGCACCAUGAGCUGUGUCGUCACCUUCCAGGAACAGUUCAAUAAGAGCAACACUCAGAGCCCCAUGAAUGUGGCGGCCAGCACAGGGACCCCAGCUCCCUCCGCCACCCCCGCCGAGACCAGGGAAAGGGGACCCCAGGGGACCAGGCUGCCCUGCUUCCAGUGCCACCGCCUCUUCUCCUCCAAGCCCGAGCUCAUUCAGUUCAAGGAUAAGAUGGUAUUCCUCUGUUCGGUAAACUGCUCUGAGGAGUACAGGAAAAUUAACUACGAGAUGGCGCGCUGCGAGUACUGCAAGAUUGAGAAGCCAGCCAAGGAGGUGAAAAGAAUUAACAAGAAGGACUACAUCUUCUGCAGCGAGGGCUGUAAGCUGCUCUACAAGCACGACCUGGGAAAGCGCUGGGGAAAACACUGCCGAAACUGUGCCUACUGUGGCUCCACGGCCCAGAAGGCCAUAACAGGCCAGUACGGAGGCAAGAUGGAGGAGUUCUGCUCCGAUGAGUGCAAGUCCCACUACACCCUGCUCUUCUGCCAGGUGGCCAAGUGUGACGCAUGCGAGCGCCAGGGCAAGCUGAUCGAGACCUUGCCUAUAUUAGGCGAGGUGAAACACUUCUGCAACCUCCAGUGUCUCCUCCACUUCUGCAGCCUGCAGACACAGAACCAGGGAAAGGCACCGAGUCAAAAGGCCCUUCCUGCAGCGGUGUCCAUUGCUCCGUCCCCCGCCACCACCACCACAUCUAGCAGCACUUCUGGUCGCUCCGCGGUGGAGAGCAGUCCGGUCAUCGCCAACGUUGUCUCGCUAGCCAGCUCCCCCACUGGCCAACCCAACUACGCCAGCACGGCCCUGCAAGGUACUCUUCCUGGCAGACAAGUGAAAUAUGUUGGAAAUGCCAGCACGCAGACACAGGCCCCACGGGCCCCUCCGCCCAGGGCUCAGAAGAACAAGGCCCUACUCUGUAAACCCAUGGUCCAGAACAAGGGCGUCAUGUGUAAACCCACCUUCACCACCACCGGGUGCCAGACAGAGGUUAAAUAUCCCUCGGUGAUCAUCCUGCCUGUCCCAGUUCCCGUGUUUGUCCCGGUGCCCAUGAACAUGUACUCCCAGUACACCCCCUGCCCUGUUGGACUCCCCAUCCCGCUGCCCGUCCCCAUGUUCCUACCUGUGACCUUGGACAGCGCCGAGAGCAUUGUGGAGACAAUCCAGGAUAUCAAGCAGAAGAUCCCCUCGGACCCUUUCGAGGCCGACCUGAUCCUAAUGGCCGAAAUGGUGGCCGAGGAGGGCAGGGAGAAGUCCCCUGAGCCACCCGCUGAAAAGCCCCCCGUGGUCCAUGAUGAUCAAGGAAGCAAUUACAGUGGAGACCUGGAUACAGACGAGCUGACCAACUUCCUCACCACCUGGGAUGACGAGCCGCCUCCCACGCCCGGCGUUUCCGCGUCACGCCACAGCCGGCCCUACGCCCCGGAGAUGCUCCGACCCCUCGUGGACUUUGUCGUUCUCCCCAGUCCCCCACGCCCAGUCAUGGACCUGGAGGCUGACUUCCCUGUCCAAACCCUGGAGCUCAUGGCCCAUUGGAGGGACCAGGAAAGAGAUAAAAGUCCCAGUCCACCUUCUCCUCCACGAAGAAAAGGCCGCAAGAAGGCCCGGGAUGGCUUCCCACCAAAGAAAAAGAGUCGUAAGUCGAAAACCGUGGCAAAAGCGGUCGAAGAGCCGCCCGUGGUGGAGUCACAGGGCGUGGCCCGGAAAGACGUGAUGCCUGGCGAGCCCCCGAAAUUGCAGCACAUGUACGGGGUGGACGCCUGGAUGAGAUGGGUGCAGUGGAGGAAGACCCAGCCUGACAUGGAAAAACCCCGAUUCGGCUCGCGGCCAAUGGAAAUCAAAGAGGACAUUUUAAAGUGCACUACAGCAGAGCUGGGCUACGGCCUCUGCCGGUUUAUUUGUGAAGUGAAACGACCCAACGGAGAGGCAUAUACCCAGGACAGCCUGUUUUAUCUCUGCCUCGGCAUCCAGCAGUACCUGUUCGACAAUGGGCGCAUGGAAAACAUUUUCACUGAUCUCUUCUACGGCAAGUUCACGAUGGAGAUCACCAAGCUGCUAAAAGGGUUUCAGCCGAUUAUAACGGCCAGCGGCUACAUCCACUCGCGGGUGGAGGAGGAGUACCUGUGGGAGUGUAAGCAGCUGGGGGCCUACUCGCCCAUCGUCCUGCUCAACACGCUGCUCUUCUUCUGCACCAAGUUCUUCCAAUUCAAGACCGUGGCGCAGCACCGGCAGCUCUCCUUCGCCCACGUCAUGCGCUGCUCCAAGUCCAUCUACGACAACACCAAGUCCAACUUCCUGCGCUUCUACCCACCCAUCCCCAAGAAAGACCUGGCUACAGAGGCGACGGAUGCAGAAAGUGUGGCAGCAAAACGGAAGAGGGAGGAAGAGGAGAAGGAGGAAGUGCUGGAGAUGAUGGAGAACAGUGAGAAUCCCCUCCGCUGUCCUGUGCGACUAUACGAAUUCUACCUCUCCAAGUGCUCCGACUCUGUGAAACAGCGCACCAACGUUUUCUUCCUCCACCCGGAGCGCUCGUGCGUCCCCAACAGCCCCAUGUGGUUCUCCUCCCAGGGCCUGGACGAUAACACCAUGGACACCAUGCUCACGCGCAUCCUCAUGGUCCGGGAGGUCCACCUGGUGGAGAACCAGAAGAACCAGAGCAAGUCCAACGACCCUGAGUGGACCCCUGACCACGGCAGCGAUGACUCAGACUGACCGCGGGGGGUGACGCUCGCCCACACACACUACUUAAGGAUCCAUAAGAUCAAUAAAUCCUCAUGAACUCCUCAGAACCGCCUUCAGCCCCGUCAAGAGGGUCUUUUUCACACUUGUAUAUACAUUUUAUAAAUACUUGUUUACUGAGAAUGUGUCAUGUAUUCACAACGUCUAGGUAAGGGGUUCUCAUUGUCAGGCCUCAGGACCCAGAGUAUAAGUCAGUUCCUUUCUUGCAGUCUUACCCGGGACUGAUUCAGUCUUGGGAGACAAGAAAAUGCCGCAAAUGACCAGGUUGAAUGGUAAGCUAACAGUACCCUGGUUCCUCCUGGCUUGGUGUGGAGAACCCAUGGUCUGACUGAUGUGUGUAAACUGAUGCUCAACCGCACAAUUAAAACUACAAAGAUACUGUU